CACAUCCAUACAUCCAUCUUCAUCUUCCCUCACCACUCUAUCUGUCUCUUUUGUAUGCGUACCCUGUUUUGCUCAUAAAUACGUCGACAACUCUUCCAUCAAAGGCCUGGUGCCUGUUCAUCUAGGGAUAUCAACACCUCUCUUUACUGCCCACGUCCACAUCUUCAUCCACUCACACAACAUGCUUGUCGUCGAAGCCGUGCACAACUUUCGUGCUGAGCACGACGAUGAGUUGAGUUUUCUCGCCGGUGACAAGAUUGUUGUUAUGGAGAAAGAUGAUGCCUUCGGGGAUGGCUGGUGGAGGGGACGAAAUGAGAAAGGCGAAGAAGGUCUUUUCCCCGCUACCUACGUCUCAGAAGAUCAUCCAAACGAUAUCGAUCAUGUGAAAACGGAUAACGAUGGUACAUCUAUACCUCUUCCCCACUCGCCCACUCCACCCGCAGUUAACAUCGAAACAUCGGUCGUGCCACUGCCACAACCUCAAACAGCCAAAGGUAACCUUACGGACGGUCCACUUCAGACCGUCACCACAUCCGUCGAAGCCGUCACUACUGGCGUUAGCAAUGUGGUUGGAAAGACCAUUGUGGAUAUACAAGAUGUCAUUGAAUCGAUGGUGAAGCCAGAAAGCGAUGAUGAUCAAGAAGUCGGUAUCGGUCAGAAUACUCGAGCACGGUUGGCUGCACAGGCUAGAAUUGCAAAUGAACACCGAGAACGACAGAGAGUCAGCGGAGGUAUCACAGGUCUUGUAUAUUCUGACGAGAGUGAAGACGACGAUGAUGAUCGACCACUCGGUCCACAAGUCAUAUUCCCUACAGCGGAGCCUGCUCCCUCACCUAACGGAGUAAGACAAGACUCUCCAAAUCCUCCCACACCCGCAUCGACGCAACUCAAUGGACAAGAUCCUCCCCGGGGGCUUCAGCCAUCUCUACCGCUGCCCGCUACCCCGCCACCUGAAAAGAUCUCGGGUGGUACUCCGACGCGCCCCCCGAACACUUGGUCAGUCGAGGAAGUUGUCAAUUGGAUUAGAUCCAAGGGCUUCGAUGAGGCAAUAUGCGAGAAAUUCCAUGAACAUGAAAUCUCUGGGGACCUGUUACUCGAGCUCGAUGCCAAUCUUUUGAAAGAAUUGGACAUCCCUCAAUUUGGAAAAAGACUACGGAUUGCUCAAGCUAUAGCUGAACUUCAACGACCAUCGUCACUUGUAUCAGCAUCAUCUCAGCAGAUGUCUCCCAAUGGGAUGCCCCUCCCGCCCUCUUCAAAUCCUUCAUACAGAGGUAUGAGUGCGCCCCCUACCGCUUUGGCUCAACCAUUCAUGACUCAUUCUCCUCCCGCUCAAUUCUCCGAAGAUGGUUAUUCCGCUUGGUCGCACACGAGGAAACCCAGCAUGACACCCUCGACUAUGCCUCCUCCGAUGGAGGCCAUCAGUGAAAGUGCUACCUUUGCUUCUCCUCAUUCGAGCAUGCCGGCCAAUGGGACGAGCACAGCGGCUUCAAGCUUGCCCGCCAGUCCCAUCACACCUAAUUCUGCGACCGUCAAACGAGAAUCUACUGGCUCUAUGGGUCAUAAGAAGGGAAAAGUCAGUGUCGAUAAACCUGACCGGCUAAGUUUCUUCGGUAGGAGUCGCAAGCCUGCCCCUCCUACAACCCCUGGUAUGGAGCAACGUAGUUCUUCUAGACUCGGCUUUGGCAGUGGUGGAAAUCGUGUUCAUCAUGUUCAACCAGCCACCCCGGAACAACUUCGAAAACCCUCUUCUGGGUUAGGUUCAGCUGCUGCUUUGAAACAAAUUGGCACUCCUGAUCAUUCUGGUUACAUGAAGAAGAAAGGUGAAACGUAUGGUGGUUGGAAGACCAGAUUCUUUGUUCUCAAAGGGGCGCAUUUGUAUUAUAUGAAGAGUGAACAUGAAGAUCGUGUUAAAGGUCAUAUCGAUCUCCGAGGUCAUCGAGUUAUCGUCGAUGAAAACACUCAUCCCGGUUCAUACGGUUUCCGACUUAUCGGUGGUGAUAAACCUCAUUUCUUUUCUUCAUCAGAACAAACGGCCAUUCGACAAUGGAUGAAAGCACUUAUGAAAGCUACUAUCGCACGUGAUUAUUCGGUACCAGUGACUUCAUCUUGUAAUAUACCUACUAUUCCACUUGCUCAAGCACAAGCUAUGAGUCCUCGACCUCCUUCACCCGCCACACGUGAUGCUACACAACGUGCUACAAGAAGAGAAAAUGUCAAUCAACUCACCGCACAUGAUGCUAGUGUUCUCAUGAGUCUCGAUACUAGUUCAGGUCAAAGACGUCGUGCAAGUCAAACAUUAACCGUCACACCUACUCGACCUACUCGUGAUAUGAGACGUUCUUCAGGAGAUUUAAGACGUGUUUCCGGUGGUCAAGUACAACAGAAUGUAAUUUCCGUUCAUGUGAAUGACCCAAUACAAAUGGAACUUAUCAAAUGGGUCAAUAGUCAAUUACCACCUCAAUCUCCUAAAGCUCAAAAUAUACCUGAAUCAUUCAUAAAUGGGGAAAUCAUCUUUCAUCUCACUCAACAUUUAACAGGGAUAGAACCUAAUCCUCCUGUUCCUUCCGAUGCUUUCAACCUCGACAUCGAUGGUCAUCCCGGUAUACCAGGAUUAUUCGCCAUGAUGGAUAUGUUGAUAGAUAGUGGGAUAGAUACCGCAGGAGUUAGUAUCAACGAUGUUCGAUCUGGUGAUGUCCCAGCUAUCACUAGAUUAUUGGAGAGUAUUCAACGGUUCAGUGAGAUGAAACAGACUGUUUAGUGAUAGGCCUUUAUUUUUCGUGUACGUUUUCCACAUUAAUUAUUCUCUUUUCAGCAACGUACGCGAUAAAAUGGGAUUGGUUGAUGAAUGAUGAUAUUCUGAU